CUCUAAAGUGCGAUGGGGACGCUAAAGUGCGAUGGUCACGCUAAAGUGCGAUGGUCUACGCUAAAGUGCGAUGGUAAGAUACGCUAAAGUACGAUGGUAUGUCAUAUAAAGUAGGACACGCUAAAGUCCGAUGCCUCAAUACGCUAAAGUGCGUUUUUCCGCGAAAGUGCAUUUGUUCGCGAAAGUAUUUACGUUCGGAACGUUAACUAUUAUUAUGACGUUAUAAGCCGUUUAUACAAACAAACAAAAAUGGAAGUGCCGCUGCCGUUAAACCUAAAUAUGUGUCCAAAUGAAGGAUUUAUUCUUGACAAAAAAAGAAAGAAAAGAGAAACAAAUGAUCCGAAUCCGAAACACUUUUGGUCGGUUUUAGAAGAGGUCAAUAAUACUGUACAGACUUACAAUAGAUUGAACGAAAUGAUACCAUCACAACAGCAACUCCAAAUGUCUCAACCACUGCAAGAUAUCACAAAUUCUCAAAUGAUGCGCAAAACAAGUUUACAUCAAUCAGAAAUUAGCCCAUAUUAUAAAGACUUGUAUGCAAGAAAAUUUAUACAACGUACUGAUUCUGGUAUAGCAGGCCUGAAACGCCGUCAUUUGGAAACAGAAAUUUAUAUGUCUCAGAAUCGUGAAGAAUUGGACAGUAGCUUGUAUCCGGAAGAGUUGUUCCCUAAAAAAGUAUCCAAACUUACAGAAAUGCAAACUUUUCAUCCCGCAGUUAAUGCAGUUAUAGACUUCAAACCAAAUUCAGCUUUGUCCGCGGGUACAAACGUUUUUCUGUCCGGCUAUUGGAAGAAAGGACUUGUUACGAAUAUUGAAAAUGAUGACAGUAAAGGGAAGGUGUAUACCAUAAAAGGAGCUUGAAAAUGGCAAAAUUCACCAAGUUUCAAAAUAUUUGAUUCGUCCGAAUUUGAUUUAGAUAUUUAUUUUAUGAAUUCCAUGUCAUUUUAAAAGUUGUGCCAAAUAA